GAGCAAAGCAAUCUAGCUUGCAAAAACAGAUUUCUUCGAGGGUUCAAAGGCCCCAGAAAGUUUCUACUCAAAUAAGUAUAGCUGUAGAUUCUAAUGAACCCUGGACUAUGCUUGCACACAAGAAGCCACAAAAGGAGUGGAUUCCUUAUAAUCCCAGAACAAUGAGGCCUCCUUCUCUUGAUGAGGAUACAAACUUUAUUAAGCUCAUAUCCUGGAAUGUUAAUGGCUUGAGGGCUUUGCUCAAGCUGAAGAGUUUCCCUGCGCUUCAACUUGCCCAACACGAAAAUUUUGAUGUCUUGUGCUUGCAAGAAACUAAAUUACAAGAGAAGGAUGUGGAUUUGAUCACGAAGAAUCUGAUUGAUGGCUAUGAUAACAGCUAUUGGACCUGUAGUGUUUCAAAGCUGGGUUAUUCUGGAACUGCUAUUGUAUCAAAG